CUUCCUGGUAUACUUUGGUCAUGUUUGAGAGUGCGAUUCAUUUUUUUUUUUUUUUGUACUUCACCUGAUGAUUGAGGAUUGCAAGCAGCGUGUAAACGAGACACUCGACUCCAGCCAUGGUUACUUCCUGCUUUCCCAUUUGUGUGAUAGCUUUGGCAGCCUGUGUCCUCAAUGCUGGUGCCUUAGACACAUUCAUUGCUGCUGUAUAUGAACAUGCGGUUAUACUAGCAAAUAGCACAGAAACACCCGUUUCCCAGGAAGAUGCCCUGACAUUGAUGAACAAGAACUUAGAUGUUUUGGAGAAAGCCAUCAGACUGGCUGCUGAGAAGGGUGCACAAAUUAUUGUGACUCCUGAAGAUGGAAUUUAUGGCUGGUCUUUCACAAGGGAAACCAUUUACCCCUACCUAGAAGACAUCCCAGACCCUCAAGUGAACUGGAUUCCAUGUACUGAACCAAACAGAUUUGGCCGCGCACCAGUGCAAAAAAGACUCAGCUGCCUGGCUAGAGAGAACUCUAUCUUUGUGGCGGCAAAUAUGGGAGACAAGAAAGAAUGUGAUGCCAGUGACUCCAAUUGCCCACCAGAUGGCCGGUACCACUAUAACACUGAUGUGGUGUUUGAUUCAGAAGGGAAACUGGUGGCCCGAUACCAUAAGUACAAUCUCUUUCUACCUGAAGUACAGUUCAACUACCCUAAAGAUCCAUCACAUGUGACCUUUGAUACACCCUUUGGAAAGUUUGGCAUUUUCACUUGCUUUGACAUAUUGUUUUAUGAACCUGCUGUAGUCUUGGUGAAUAAAUUCGAAGUGGACAGCAUACUAUUCCCCACAGCCUGGAUGAACACUCUGCCCCACUUGUCUGCUGUUCCAUUCCAUUCAUCCUGGGCUAGGGGCAUGAGAGUCAAUGUCCUUGCAGCAAAUCUUCACAAAACCAUCGCUCACAUGACAGGGAGUGGAAUCUAUGCACCAGAGGCAGUUAAAGUUUAUUACUAUGACAUGGAAACAGAAAGUGGCCAACUAUUGCUAUCAGAACUGAAGUCAAGGCCCCGAAUUUCUUCCAACUACCCUCCAGUGGUAGAUUGGAGUGCCUAUGCCAAAAAUGCCAAGCCAUUCACUUCUGAUCAGCCAAGCUUCCCUGGACUUGUCUUUUUUGAUGAGUUUACCUUCAUUGAACUUACUAAAGAUGUAGGAAAUUACACUGUUUGCCAGAAAGACCUCUGUUGUCACUUGAGCUACAAGAUGUCUGAGAAAAGAACUGAUGAAGUCUAUGCACUAGGGGCUUUUGACGGCCUUCACACUGUUGAUGGGGAAUAUUAUUUACAGAUAUGCACAUUAUUGAAAUGCCAAACAACUGACUUAAAAACCUGUGGCACACCAAUUGCAUCAGCUUUCACCAAAUUUGAAGCAUUUUCCCUCAGUGGCACAUUCACUACCAGCUAUGUCUUCCCACAGUUAGUGCUAAGUGGGACUCAACUUGCAUCUGAACAACACUAUGAGGUAUUGAGUGAUGGUCGGCUGGAGAGCAGAAGUGGUGUUCCAUUGCCCAUUUUAGAGGUGGCGUUAUUUGGGAGAGUAUAUGAGAAGGACCCUUUCCCAGGACAGGGUGAUCAUUCUUGAUACAUACUUUACAAGAGACAGCGUAGAAAGAAUACAGAGCUAGGAAAUGGCUUGGGUUCCAAUUGCUAUUGGUUUCUAAUCAGCUACCAACUUGGACAACUCAUACACACACAAACACAUGCAUAUGCAUACAUAUAUGCACAUAUAUAUAUAUAUAUAUAUAUAUAUAUAUUACUUGGGUCCAUUUAGAUAUGGAUUUCUUGUUUUUUAUGUGGCAAGAACAUUUCAUUUUUCAAAAAAUUGAGAUAAAUAAUAAAUUAUCUAUUGAUUAAA